AUGCAGUCGUUCAAGAAGACAUACAGUAGCAUGCGAAACAAACCACCGAAAGUCCAAAUUGCCGGCGCAGUCGUCAUCGUAAUUCUCAUAGUCUUCGCCAUAGGAAUACCGCUUGCAAUCAGACCAUCGGUUGAUUUCGGUGUGAUCACGGAGAAAUGCAGCGGUCCAAUGACGGACGAUGUGAGGCUUACACUUCUGCAAGAACACAACCGACAACGAUCCAUAGUAGCAAAAGGAGAAUACAAAAUAGACGCACCAAAUAGUGCACUGAAACAGCUCCCACCAGCUACUCGUAUGAUCCAAUUAGGCAACUACCCCGGAGCUCAGUGGUACAAGGCCGGUAAAACGCUCUCCGAAUGUAAUAAGCCGAAUGAAGCCCCACACGCAAGCACUGGACUUUGUGAACUUUUGACCUGA